AUGGCUAGUCCAACUUCCCAGUCGCGAGUCCCAAAAGCAUGCGACCCGUGUAAUCGCCGCAAAGUUCGCUGCAAUGGCCAGCAAAGAUGUCAGCAAUGCGAGCACCUGGACCUCCUGUGCACUUACACAGAGAACCGUUUAUUGCGAUCAAGAAAACACUCAGUACGCCGAGGGGCUGUCAUCUCUAAAUACAAGAGCGCCGACACCAAACACACCACUCUGACACCAGUUCUCUCUCCACGAGCACCAACAGCCGCACUCCAACUACCAACCUCGUACUAUGAAAGUCUACUCCCAGCCUACAUGUCCUAUGUGUACCCCUUCAGCCCAAUAAUCACCGAAACAGAAGUGCGCACCUCAAUUUCAAAAAUGAACACGGAAAGAGAGCACGCAGCCUUCAUCUAUGCCUUCACCGCAGUAACCCUGGACCUAACCCGCUCCUCUCAAUUCGCCACCAAAUCCAGCCCCCAAAUCGCCUCAACCCAAAUACCCGAUCUAAUGCGCCAGUCCGUGGAAACCCAACAACCACUAGUAAUAGGCUUCCGACCCUCAAUCCUGCGCGCCACAACUAGCAUCUUCAUCCAGAUGUGCGCCAUGAGCCUGGGCCACAACGACCUGGGUUUCUUCCACCUCCGUGAAGCAAUCAGCAUGAUCCAGAUGCUUCGCAUCGGCGACAAAGCCGUCAACGCACGCCUCAGCACGGCAGAGCGAGCCCGCCGCCAACGACUCUACUGGCAAUGUUUCAUCCACGAGCGAUUCAUGUCCAUAGUGAACUUUUCUCCGGUCACGCUGCCCCCGUACUCGCAGUACCCGGAAGAAGACAUUUUCGUGGGCGCGGAUAUCCAGCAGGGCUGGACGCAGGUUAUUAAGACGUUCUGCAUGCUCGAUGCGUCGUUUAUCAGUCUGUGGAUUGGGGACCGUACGCAGGUGACUGCGUCGUGGGUUGAGCGGAAACACCGCGAGCUGGACGAUGCGUUGUGGGAGGUGGAGGUUUCGGCGCUGUCGGAGCUGCAACAGGCGGAUUUGGUUAUUACGAGGCAGUGGAUGCGGACGUUGUUGUGGCAGAUGGCGAUGUCGAAUUGUUUGCUUAGUUCGCAUGCGUCGUGUCCUUCGUUGGAGCUGGAGAUGCCGUUGAGGUUGUCGAGUCAGCUCAGGCAGUUUUUGACCAAGAUCUCGCAGAAUACGAUUCGUGUGCAUGGAUCGUCGAUGAUUAGCAAGUUGUUGGAGAUUGUUAAUACUAUUGCUGAUGUGGUGAUUCAUGUGCCGCAGGCGACUAGGGAGGAGACGACGAGUCGCAUUGAUGAUAUUGUUUUUAUGCAGGGGGUUGUGCUUCCUUUUAAUAAUUUGCAGGUUAUGUCGAAGGAUAUUCUGUUGGAUAAGUUUCGUUUGAUUAGGGGGAGGUUUCCGCAUAUUGAGGUGGCCAUGCAAUUGGCUGUUUAG